CUUGCAGAGGCUCUCAGCAAAGUGGAAUGAAUCUACACUGGUAAGAAUCAGCCAUGAACUACAACAUCCAUGCAAGGCACUGAUAUGGCACCUUUUCUCCACAGAUCUGCCAAGUGAUUUACAAAGGAGGGUAAGCAACAAAAGGCAACAAAAAACUUCAAGUCAUACAAGAAAAGAAGAAAAAGAAAAUGAAAACAAAAGCCAGUUCACUUCCAGACGUGUCCAUUCUUAAAACGUUCAUGAAAACCUAUGAAAGGCAUUGUGCCCUUUUCCAAAGCUCUGUCGGUGUCACAAUCAAACAGAGUUUAAAAAGAUGCAUAGAGAAUGAAAUAGUUCUUACUAAGUUUGUGCUUACAAGCUCUGAGAACUCAAGAGGAGAUAUGCAGCCAGUUUCCCUCACUCCCUUACUAAGGACAAUUAGAGAUGAACGUUAUAUGCUGGGAAAGGAACUUUGUAUCUGGGGAAUACAGCUAAGCAAUCAAGAUAUUGCAAACCUUGCACUGCUUUUGGAGCUGGAUGGACGUACCACCUACCCUUUUUGUAGCCUAGAAAUCAUACAUACUGUGAUAGAUGCAUGGUCUGUGGAACGACUUGGAGUAGCUUUGCCUGUCAGCAACUUGAGAUCUAUUGUACUGGAUUAUACUAAGUUUGGAGAUAAAGGAAUCAAUGGACUUGUUUCUGGCUUAAAGGGCAACAGAAAACUUUUAACUCUCAGUCUAUGCUACUGCAAUUUGGGACCUGAAAGUGGGACAGAGUUAGGCCCCAUCAUGGCCCAAACUGCCAUUUGCAAUCUGUAUCUGAAUGGUAACAACUUGCAAUGCUUGGGUGCCCUUGCACUCAUCAAGCCAAUAGCUGUGUAUGCAAACAAUCUUGCAAGAGAUAAGGAAACAAAUACCAUGAAAUUCAGCAAUGCUACUGGUCAUCAGAUGCAUGAAGUAGGCAAAGGUUUAAAUGUGCAUUCAGCAGCUUCUGGCAUGAACAUUACCUCCGAAACAAGAAGGUCUAAUACAACAGAAAGUAUUAUUGGGAAGAAAAAAAAAAGAAAAGGAACUAAAAAAAGAAAAAAGAAUCCAGAAAUUGGUUCAUGGUUAGUUAAAUUACAUUUGGCUGACAAUGGCAUAGAUGGAAGAGGAAAAGGAGGACAAAAUAUGGUCUUGGAGUUCACGCAGUUUUUAAUUUACCUAAUCAAGUACUCUGAACACUUAAUAGAACUUGACCUGGAUGGCAAUGCUAUUGGAGAACUUUGUUCAGCUGACAUACUGGAUGCUCUUAAGGAGAGACUAAAUGAAAAGAUGCCCAACCUAAACAUUAAGGUUACAUACCAGAUUUCCUCAGAAACUUUUGGGUCAAUUUUCAAAAAUGGCAAGAAGUCCAAGUCAACUAGAAAGAAAAAGAAAAAGACAACAAAGUGAUUGUUAAGCCUACAUGUUCCUGCAGAUGGGACUGUGUACAAGAAAAUUAAUAUACUUCAGCAGAUUAUUUCUUAACAUGGCACUCUGACUUUCUAAAUACUACAAUUUUUGUGUGUAAUUUUUUCACUUUACUCCAUCAUAUAGGAAUAAAAUACAAAACAUUAUUGUAUGAAACAAAGUAUUUUACCAUUGGUUAUACAUCUUUGAAGACAAACAUUCAGCUGUUUUAAAGCAGAAUAAUAGUAAAAUAGAGAAACUCAA